AUGGCUUUCGGAACUCUCUUCACCCGCGAGAACAACUGCCGUUCUACCGCCAUCCGCGCGGUCGCUAAGGCCAACGACAUCGAGCUCAACAUCGUUGAGGCCGAGAAGGGCAACGCUACUGUUGAGCACCUCAAGGCCAACGGUCUCGGCAAGAUCCCUGCCUUCAUUGGCGAGGAUGGUUUCGCUCUCUCUGAGUGCAUUGCCAUUGCCAUUUACAUCACCUCCCAGAACGAGAAGACCACUCUUCUCGGCAAGACCAAGCAGGACUAUGCUUCCAUUCUGAAGUGGAUGUCCUUCUUCAACUCCGAGAUCCUUCCCAGCCUCAUCGCUUGGUUCGGUCCCCUCAAGGGCGACGCUCCCUACAACAAGAAGAACGUCGAUGAUGCCUCCAAGGCUUCUCUGAAGGCUUUCUCCGUUGUCGAGGAGCACCUCAUCCGCAACACCUUCCUUGUUGGCGAGCGCAUCACCCUUGCCGACCUCUUCGCUGCUGGCAUCGCUGUCCGUGGCUUCCAGUACUUCUUCGACAAGCAGUGGCGCGAGGAGAACCCCGCCGUCACCCGAUGGUUUGAGACUGUCCGCGCUCAGCCCAUCUUCGCCGAGGUUGCUGAGAAGGUUGAGCUCCUCGAGACUCCCGCUCUCACCAACACUCCCCCCAAGAAGCCUGAGCAGCCCAAGAAGGAGGCCAAGAAGGAGGCUAAGAAGGAAGCUGCCCCCGCCGCUGAGGCUGCUCCUGCUGCUGACGAGGCUCCUGCUGCCCCCAAGGCCAAGCACCCUCUUGAGGCUCUCGGCCGCCCCUCUUUCCCUCUCGAUGAGUGGAAGCGCCAGUACUCCAACAUCAAGGACCACAACGAGGCCAUGAAGUACUUCUGGGACAACCUGAACUUCGAGGAGUACUCCAUCUGGAAGGUUGACUACAAGUACAACGAGGAGCUUACCCUCACCUUCAUGUCCAACAACCUGAUUGGUGGCUUCAACAACCGUCUUGAGGGUUCCCGCAAGUACAUCUUCGGAUGUGCGGCCGUCUACGGCGAGAACAACGACUCCGUCAUCCAGGGUGCUUUCGUCAUCCGAGGCCAGGAGCACGUUCCCGCCUUCGAUGUCGCCCCCGACUGGGAGAGCUACAACUUCGAGAAGCUCGACCCCACCAACCCCGAGCACCGACAGUUCGUCGAGGAUGCCUGGGGCUGGGAGAAGCCUAUCACCGUCAACGGCAAGGAGUACAAGCUUGCCGACGGCAAGGUCUUCAAAUAA